UGCUCAAUUCCUCAGAAGUCCUGGACUCUUUCACCCCCAGACACACUCCCGCCCCCUCCCCCCAGUGCCUGGGCUGGGGGCCCGUGGGGGGACUUGUUCUGGCAGCUCCACCGGCCGUGGGGCUUCCACUGGCCCAUCUUGCUCCCCACCCACCUCUAGGUGCAGUCAUGGGCCGAGCUGGUUACUCCGAGGGAGGGGUAUUUUUAGAGAAAAGGCCUAAUUCUUUAAAACUCCUUUUACAGCUAAUGGAUAAACAUAAUAAAAGCUGGCAUCUGCCAAGUCCCUACUACACACUGGGCGUGGAACUGGGCAUGGAAUCUGCAGGGCACCAUGUAAACUUCACAGUUUAGCUGUGGGAAAGGGACACUUGGGGAGACGGAGCCCCCAGGCCGGGCCCCAAUGGGGGCAGCAGGGCUCAGUGCCGGCCCAGGGGGUCUAGCUUCCAGGCGUGUCAGCACUCCCAGCCUAGGGUCCUCCCUAGGCUCGGGGGCGGGAGGAGGCCGGUGUCUCCCCGAGGGCCCCCAGCAGUCUGCCCCCUCUUACAGAGACCCCUGAGCAACACCGCAUGGACUCAGACACACCGGCCCCUUGAUGCGGGUGCUGCCAGUCCUGACAGUGCCAGUGCCACCAUGCAGACGUGCCCUCAGCACCGAGCCCUCCUGCGGACAGGCCAGCGUCCUGCACAUGGCACAGGGACAUCCCACUGCCAGGGAGUGGGGCGACCCUCUUCCACCCCCAUUCCCCUCCUGGUCCUGGGGGACCUAGGCUGCCUCAUGUCCCCCCAGCUCUCAGAGUUGGGCCAAUUUUGUCCUGAGGCUCAGGGGGGUGGUGGCAGUGGAACCCGUGGGGCCAGCAGGUUCACUGGGGAACCCGCCCACACCCCGGUCCCUUUUCCUCGGCUCCCCCAGCAUGUGCUUCUCGGAAUGCCCAUGACACACCCACUAGUGACAAAUCCGUCCCUACGCCUGUGUGCUCGUUCACGAGGGCAGAGAGGAGCCACGGCCGCAGCUGGGCCCAGGGCAGACUGAAGUCGCCCAUUGCGCAUGCCAAAGAGGUGCCAGCCCUGUUCCCCGGGAAGCCUGGCCAGGGCUGGGACUCGGGGCACCCCGCUGCUGGACCAGCUCCAGAGGACCCGCUGGGUUAGUGGCCCUCGGUGGUCCGGGUGACAGCUCAAGGCUGCAAGGGUCAGGGCAGCCCCAGGUGCUCCAGCCUAGCUGAGCUCCGGGCAGCAAGACAGGAGAGUAUCGGAGAGAUGGGCGGCCCAGCUCGAGUCCCCCACUGCCAAGGGUCUGUGCGGCCCUGGACAAGCUGUGGCGUGCGCUCUGCCUCGGUUUCCCCAUUGUAAGUAGCGGCAAGGACACGGCGAGCUCAGCGGCAGAGCCGUGGAGUAAAUGAGAUGCUUCCUAGGGAGCAAUUCCACAGCGCCUGCAUGACUGUGUCAGUGUCCUGGGGCGGCCGGAGCAAAUGGCACAGACCGGGUGGGGGGUGCCGCUUGACACAACAGACUUCCACUCUCUCAGUCUGGAGGCCAGCGUGUGCCCUCCAGGCGUCUGGGCCGCACUCCCUCGGCUCCCAGGGGGGCCUCCCUGCCUCCUGCAGCUUCUGUGGCUCCAGGGUCCUGAGCAUGUGGCCCCGUCCCCUGGCCUUGGCCUCUGUGGCCACAUGGCCCCUCCCUGUGUGUCUGCCCUCUCCUUUCUCUUAUAGGGACACUUGUCAUUGGACUUAGAGUCCCCCUGGGGCAUCCAGCAUGACCUCAUCUCAAAACCCUCCCUUACCUCUGCAAAGACCCGCCCCCCCAUAAGAGCACAUUCACAAGUUCCAGGGGCUGGUCCCGGACAUGUUUUUGGGGGUGAUGCCCCCCAUGCCCGUGUGUGCUGCUAUCAUUACUGCCGACAUUCUGCUCCAGCUUGUGCCAAGGGCCCUGCCACACGAGGCCCCACUCGCAGCAGAGGGCCGAGAGGAGGCGACAUUCCCUUGGGUGAGGUGGGCAGACAGUCAGCCAAGAGAGAAAGCGCAAGCUGGCCCAGGAGAUGGGCAAGUGUGGAGUGAACAGCAAAGGGGUGGCAGCUGGGCAGCCUGGGGUGGUCUGAAGCACCAGGGCCAGGCACAGCUCCAGAAAAGGGACCUUUGAGGAGAGGAUGGGCCUCCAGAGAUGCCAAGGCGGGUCCGGGGUGCUAGCACACUGCAGGUGGUGGGAGGAGAUUCAUCAUGUCUGUGGACAAACAGCAUCUUUACGACAUGAUUCUGACUGUUGAACAGUCCACAGGGAAGGUAAUUCCUUGUCGGGAACAUUUCAGUGUGCAGGGCUCACUGAAAGUAUUUUAACCCCAAAGAGUCCGAGGCCAGCAGGCAGAUGGUAAGCGUGGGCCCUUAGGAAGGGGCCCCAGCUCUGCAGACCGCCCGGAGCAGCACCCACCGGUGGCCUGUCACGGAUCCAGCCCCAAGCCAGCUGCCAGGCUGACCAUGAAUUGUCCAUCUGAGCAGAGGGGAAACUGAAGCAUGGAGGGGUCAGGUCAUUCUUGCAAAGCCUCACAGCCAGAAAGGGUCCGGCUGUGCUCGUGAGCAGGAGCUGCCCAGAAGGUAUGGUCCCCCGGACCAGGGGCCCAGGCUGCCCAGUCCACUCUGAGCGCCAGGCAGCAGGGUCCGUGUGCAGGGCGGGCUGAGGAGGAGGGGCAGGGCCAGCCACCCCGCCCCCCGAGGAUGGGAGGGUUUAGGGCCGGGGUGGUGAGUGCAGCUGUCCUGGCCCGGCCCAGAGACGUGCUGACAGCAGGGCCCUUCCUGCCCGCCCGGGAGCCAGCCAGCAUGUUCGGGCUCUGGAGAACCUUCAACAGCGUCGUUUUCUACCUCACCCUGGCCGUCGGCCUCGGAGGCCUGGUGGGCAACGGGCUCGUCCUCUGGCACCUCGGCUUGCACAUCAAGAAGGGCCCCUUCUCCGUGUACAUCCUCCACCUGGCCGCCGCGGAUUUCCUGUUCCUCGCCUGCCAGGUGGGCUUCUCCGUCGUGCAGGCCGCCCUGGGCGCCGAGGACACCCUCUACUUCGCAGUCGCCUUCGCCGGGUUCUCCGUGGGGCUCUGGCUGCUGGCGGCCUUCAGCGCCGAGCGCUGCCUCUCUGCAGUCGUCCCCUCCGGCUGCCAGCGCUGCCGCCCCAGACACACAGCGGGCGUCGUCUGCGGCCUGGUCUGGGCCCUGGGCCCGCCGGCCGUGCUGCUGACCAGCAACGCCUGCGGCCUGCUGCGCAGUAGCGCGCGCCCCCUGACCUGCCUGCGGUACCACUCGGCCAGCGUCGUGUGGCUGCUGUCCCUGGUCUGCGCGGCCUGCGUGGCCGGACUCGUCCUGUUCGUCUGGGUGGCCUGCUGUUCCCAGCGCCAGCGCCCCAAGUUCUACGGCAUCGUCCUGGGCUCUGUGCUGCUGCUCCUCUUCUGCGGCCUGCCCUUCGUCCUCUACUGGAGCCUGCGGCCCCUCCUGAACCUGCUGCUGCCCGUGUUCCCCCCGCUGGCCGCCUUCCUGGCCUGCGUCCACAGCAGCUCCAGGCCGCUCGUCUACUUCACGGUGGGCCGGCAGCCCGGGAAGCGGGAGCCGCUGCGCGCGGUUCUCCAGAGGGCCCUCGGGGAGGAGGCCGCGCUGGGGGCCGCGUCCCUGCCCAUGGGCCUCAUGUAGGGGCGGCUGCCCCCACCCCACCCCUCGCCAGACCCUGCCAGGACUCUGUCAUCCCCCCUACCCGCAGCGCACUCGCCCUGGGGCCCCAAGGGCUGAGGACAGAGUGACAGCUGUGGUCCCCCAAGGCCCAAACAGGGCUAAGGCCGCACUGCUGAUUGGUCCCCGAAGGAGCCGAAGGGACACCCCCGGGUAACCACCCACUCCCCGCCUUCCCAACAGUCUCCGCACGGGCCACCAGAUGGCGCCACUUCCUCACCAAAUGCCCCCAAAAGCUGGCUGCCAAAAGGGGUUCCGGGGGAGGCUGGUGCCACGCGCCCUCCCUGCCCCUCCAGCCCCAUCGCCCUCCGACACCUGCUGCCAGGAAGGCGCUCCCGCCCCCAACCCCAUCCCUAACGUCCCCUCCGCCCAGGAAUCCGUGGCUCCCUGCCACCCGCCCCGUCCCUGCACACCCUGCCCAGCCGAGGUUUGUCCCCCGUAGGGAAGCGGGAGAGGGGACGGCGGGAACCCCAGCCAGAUGCUUCACCUUUCAGAGCACACGUCACCUUAUGUGGUUUCUGAUGAUCAAAAAACCAGUUCCCGGUCACUGUCAAGACGUCUCAGCCAUGCAGAAAAUGCUGAAAAGACAAAUUACCAAAACUCUGGAUCCGGAGGGAGACGACUGGGCCUAAGUCCCUGUCGUGUUUAUGUUCUUAAUGGAGACCCACAGACAUUCCAAGUUUUACCAAAAAUGGAGACAUUCUAGACGUGCCGUGUGGAACCCGUGACAACAGCAUUUUACAAUCACAGAAUCGCUUUUAAGAGUCAUGAGAUUUUUUUUUUUUGACUAGAAAAGUUUUGUGCUGUCAUUACGGGAGCUUUGGAGCACCCAGAAGCAAGAAGGAAAGCCCACCUGUCUCCACCCCAACCACCUUCUUUACAGGCUUCCUGCCCUCCCGGGGUUCUGGCCCCACAAGCCCCCCUUACGCCGGAUGAUUCCAACAGAGGGAGGCAAGGGCCCCUCAAGCCAAAGGCCAGCUCGGGAGGGGGAAGGACCCCGAGCCCUGGUAGGUAGAGGAGGCUUGGAUUUGGGGGGCAGGAGGGACUGUUCAUUCCUGUGUCCCUUCUAGCCAGACCCCAAGGAGGGGUGUGGUUUCCUUCUUGGGAGGCCUGGAAAUGAGAUCAGGGUGGGAAGCAGUCACCCAGGUGGGGUGCCCCAGCAUCAGUCCCAUCCUCCCAGCCCCAGGAAAUGGCUGCUGCAGGGCAUCCAUCUGUGUGCCGGUGGGGACAGAUGGCAGCCGGGCGGCUGACUGUGUCUGGGGAAUGGAUUAAUAUACUGGUCUAGACAGGUGGGGAGUGUGGAGACCUCUGGCCCCACAACCCACUGCUGGGGUGUGGGACACCAGCCUGAGCUCCAAAGACCUGGCGAGUGUCCCGGGUCCUGGAGAAGCACGCGGUCAGCUGAAGGGACAGAGCUGUCACCAGGCUGGUCUCUCAGCCUGCUGGCACCGCCCUAGCCAGGUGACCUCCAGCAGUCACCUGGCUGCGAGAGACCCUUCUGCAUAAGGCGCGGAGGAAAUUCUCCAUCUGGAUCCCAGGGGGGACCAAGGCAAGGCAGUCGGGCCACAGAAGAGGGUGGACCGUUUCUGCCCGCUCAUCCUGACCUUUAAGGCCAAAUGCGUCACCUCUCCCAUCUCCAUUUCCGGGCAGAGCUCCAGCUGUCCCCAGCAGCCCUGUCCUUGGCUCGCCCACCGCGCUGGCUGCGGACGUUCUCACCCUUGGCAGGUCCUGCCCAGCCAUCAGGGUCUGCCCUUGCAUCGGCCUGUCCUGUGAGCCGGCAGCUCCCUGGCGGCGCGCGGUGGCGUCAGCUCCUCUGGUGGAGCCGCCUCGGCCGAGCACCCAAGGUGGCCACCUGCCCAGAACAGCCUGGGCCCCCUCCGCAGGCUUCAUUUCUUACAUUCCUGUCUGCUCGCCUGUCCGUGCCCAUGUCUCUCCAGAAGGGGAGCUCCUUGAGGUCAAGGGGCCUGGUGGCUCUCCCACCACUGCCUCCCCACUGCUGAGGAACCAAGGGGCCGGGAGCAGGGGCUUGACAAGCACUUGCUGAACGGAUGGGUGGAUGGGGACUGCAUGGAUGCUGGGGUCAAACGAAUCAGCGAUAUGGCCGAAUCAGAGUGCAACACCACAAAAUCACACCAGGCUGCUCCUGGGCCCUGGAACCGUCCGGACCAGCCCAGUCCUGACCCCCGACCUGAAGCCUGGGAAGGCUGUCAGAUUCGGGAGGGCCCAGGUUGCUCACUGCAGAGUGCAGCCACCCCAGGCCCCUCGCCCUCCCUUGACCACACUCUCCCCAUUAAGCCAACCGGUAUCAUUAGAGCCAACUCCAUCCUGGGCACUGGGUGGGAGCUCGGGAUGUGGACGCACCACGGUGUGGCCUCUGGCCCCGAGGAGCUUGGUGUCUGGAGAAGGGACAGACACAGUGAUGCAGCUGGAAGACAGGGUGUCCGGGUGUGCACAGAGGUUUGCAGACUUAGGGAGCGUCACUGUUCCCAUUUGCCCUUGAUAUCCCAGUUUAUGUGUUAGGGAAGCAUGGAGGAGGGACACAUAUUCCUACUUGGAAAGCAGGGGAGGCUUCCAGGAGGAGAGGGUGCCUGUCUGACCUUGCACAGGUGGUGGUGGGAGGGGAGGGCUGCCACCGUGGGGAAAGUAAGGAAGGUCUAGGACACAGGCACCUGCUCUGAGAAGAAGAGAGAGAUGGGGAUCCCCACAGGAGGCUGCUGGCAGCUGGGCCCUGGGACAGCAUGCACCAGACCUGGGGGAGACAAGGGACACAAGGCACACCUGCGGCCUCCCUCCCAGGUCUGCCUUUCCUGAGGUUCCUCUCAAAUUAAACAUGGCUCAUGUGAAACAGUGGUCAAGGUCCGAUCAGUUUGGCUCUCUUUUUCCCAUAUGGAUAUCCAGUCAUUCUAGAAACAUUUGCUGAAAAGACAUUGACACCUUCAUUGUAAAUCAAUUGACUUCAGCAUUUGAAAGGUGUCAUUACAUGUUAUUUGGCUCCCACCAUUUCAGAUGAUAGUAAGUCAGAUUUCAUUUUAUCAUUGAUUCCUUCAAUGUAGUGUAUCUUUUUUCCUUUGGGUGCAUUUGAA